AUGACAAAUCAUGAAGACUUAGUUGGUGGUUGUUGUGUUUGUUCGGAUGAUCAAGGUUUUUCAAAUAAUGCUCUUGUUUACUGCGAUGGAAAAGACUGUACAGUUGCUUGUCACACAGCGUGCUAUGGUAUAGUAUCGAUACCUGAUGAUAAUUGGUAUUGUCGUCGAUGUGAACUGGGAGAAUUUCACGCACCAUGUCGUUUAUGUCCAUUGAUAGAAGGUGCCAUGAAACGAACAUCCGAUGGAAAUUGGGCUCAUGUUAUAUGUGCACUCUAUAUACCUGAAGUAUCAUUUGGCAAUGAUAAAACUAUGGAGCCAAUUAUACUUUCUAAAAUUCCAUCAAUACGUUUUGGGCAAACAUGUUCAAUUUGUAUUAAAAAUGGACGUUCAGAAUCUGAUGCAAGCAAAGGUGCAUGUUGUGAAUGUACAGUUAAAAAUUGUUCACAAUUAUUUCAUGUCACAUGUGCUCAACAAGCUGGAUUAUUAUAUGAAGAUAUAAGAAAAAAUAAUUGUCAAUAUCCAAUUUAUUGUGAGUCUCAUCAGCCGAGAUUUUCUAAAUUUAUCCGGCAAAUACCUUCAUUUCAAUAUUAUUCUUCUGAAAAAAAUCAAAAAUCAAAACAAAAAGAAACUCCAUUUAAAUCAUCUGAUUGUGCUAGUAAUACACAUACUCGAACUAAUGGAUCAUUAUCAUCAUCAUCAUCAUCAGAGAGAUAUCGCAAAUCGAAGAACGAAACUAGUCAAAGUUCAUUACAAGUUAAUUUACAACAUACUACUUCACCCGUUGUUGAAUUACAUCGGCAAGGACACAUUUCUCGUUUGCCAACAAGUCAAAACCAAUCGAUAAUAUAUACCAGGAAAGACUCAGCAACUGUUAAUUCCAUACUAUCGAAUGUCCAUAAUGGUCAACAAUCAUUAACAUUAUCUAUAUACACAAGUAAUACGUCUAAAGAUAAUAACAUUUCUUCAACGAAAGAAACGUUUACUCCAAAAAUCAAAAUUGAAGCAAAUGAAAUUGAUUAUCAAAUAAUCGAAAACAUCAAUCUUAAUAAAGACACACAACUAAAUAGAAAACGUCAUAAUUCAAGCGAAGACGGCCCAAGACCAGUUGGUCGCCCUCCAUCAAAAAAACCUCAUUUAUCUCAAUCGAAGAAAACCACCAAUCAUUCAAUACCUGUAGAACAACAUCGGAAAACUGUGGAACAUCAAACAAAGAAUGAUCAAACCAAUACUAAUGUUAACUCUGGCUCAUCAUUAAUUAACUCUUCAAUAACAUCAAAACCAAUCGAACCAACGUUUCCACCUCAAACACUAGAGGAAUUUCUUGAACAAGAAUGGGAAUCAACAAGUGAUUUUCUUCUUCAACAAAACAUGCCACAAGAUGUUUCAUCAUUGCUAUCGUGUUUAUAUCAAUUUAAAUCAGAAAAUGCUUCUUUAAAGAAGCAAUUUGAUGAACUUAAGCAUCGUCGAGACUCUCUUCGCGUCAUCAAUGUUAAUUUACGUCGAAAACUUUCAGAAACUCUAGCUAUCAAUAAUACAUUAAAUGAGUCAUCAAGUCCUCCAAUAAAUAAUCAAAAAGUACAUAACAGAAGUAAAUCACCUAUUCAUGAAAAUCAAACUAUAUUAAGUAAAACCAUUCCUUCUGACAUGGAAUUUAUUUCUAAUAACUUAAUUGUUCCUUCAUCGUUUUCCUAUCAACCAAUGCAUCCAUAUAUAGUGAAUAAAAAUGAACAGUUACCUCUCAGUCAUGACCUUAGUCUGGAACUUCUCUCUCAAGUUCUUACAAAUACUGGUCCACAACUUUUUGCACCAACAUGGAACAUCUCGAAUUUUGGUUACGCUAAUUUUUCUGGAGCUAGUUCAAUAUCAACUUCUGAUGGAUCAAUCUUACGCUCAUAUCCACCGUUUCCAUAA